AUGGUAACCUUGAAAAAUAACUUUGGCGUCGAGCCUGACAAGGACAGCGUCGGAAUGAAUACAUCCGAGGGAUCAGGCAACGAUGUUAAGUCUUCCGGACCUGGUCAACCUAAAGCCAUCCUUAUAAGCCGGAAAAAUUCCCAUCCAUUUCAGCCGAGAACUUUAAUAUUGAAUACUCCUGCUAAAAUUGGUAGAUCCGUAGCUAGAGCAAGGCCCAGUAACUACAAUGGAAUAUUCGAUUGUAAGGUACUAUCAAGAAAUCAUGCCAUCAUCUGGUACGAAUACGAUUCUGGAAAGUUUAUGAUACAAGACACGAAAAGUUCAAAUGGAACAUUUGUAAACAAUCAAAGGCUGAGUAAGGGAGGAGAAACGAGUUUGCCGAGGGAGUUUUUCAGUCGAGACAUUGUACAAUUUGGCGUCGACGUAUUAGAAAAUCAACGGAAGGUAACUCACGGAUGUAUUGUGGCGACCGUUCGACUCGUUCAUCCAAAUGGAAAAGAAAGUUUCAAUACUCCAAAUCCAAUGUCAUCAAUUCAAAUGACUCCGAAUCAGGAAAAAAUUUGUAAACUCGAAUUUAUUAUUUACGAAGCUCAACAGAGAGAGGGAAGGUUACAUGAUAAAUUGGAAGAAUUACAACUCAUAAUAGGAAAAUUAGAAAUGGCUUGUCAAGAAACUCUAACGAGUAAAUUCGAAGAAACCCGAUUGUUGUCGAAAAUAGCAAAUUUAGAAAAGCAAACGAAAGUCAUGAGUAAAAUAAUGUCGGGAGCAUCGAAUAAAACGUCGGAAAAGGUAGAAGAAGAAGUACAACAAUUGUUGGUAGACAUUGAAAAAGUUCAAAGCGUCGCGAGGGAAAUACAGGAAAAACAACAUCGGAAAUUGUUGGAAAGCGAACAGAAAUUACUAGAAGCUCAAAGAGUCGCAUCUAAUUUAGAACUUGAAGUUAUUGCACUUAGAGAGCAAGCAUCACUAACACAAUUACAACUCCAAGAAAUGGGAGCCAAAUGCACAGAAUAUUGUCAAACAAUAGACAUUCUUAAAGUUCAUUACAACGCUCAAAAAGACGUAACGCAAAAAUUGGAAGCAUGGAUGCUCAAAUUAGAAGAGAGAGAUAAUGAAAAAGAUUUUAAAAGUCAAAAUUUAUCAGAAAUAACAAAUUUAGACGGAAGUAGUAGUAAAUUAAUAACGGAAGAAGAAGAAAAAGAAGGAAAUAAAAAAGAUAAAGAAAAUCAAGAAAUAGUUUUGGAAAGAAGCAAAAUUUACGAAGAAUUUGAAAAAAUAGAAGAGAAAGAUUUUAAUAAUGAUGAUAAUAAAACCGAAUGGCUGACGAAGCAGCUCGAAGUCACGCUAACGGAUGUAGAAAAAUCUAAAAAAAAAUUAGAAAAGUUAUGCGUGAGAAGUCACGCAUUGAGUUUAGAGCUUAACGCUGCUAAAAUUCCAGCAGAAACUGAUAAUGAAUUCGAUGGAGAUUUGUACAAACCUCUUAAUUUACCUUCCAUGAGUUUGUUAAACAAAGCCAGGUUUAAGCAGCGCGAAUUGGAGGGACAAUACUCGACACUCAAAUCCGAAUUGGUAUCAACGAUAAAAAGAUGCGUCGAAUUCAUAUCGAAUUAUUAUAAAUUAAGUGCGCUUUUAAGAAAUCACAUAAAGUCGAUCGAGGAAACCGGUAACGAAUACAAAGAAAAAUUAAUCAAAUUAGAAGGGAACGCGGUGGAAAAGGUACAGGAACAAGAUGGUGGUGAUGAUGAUGAGGAACGGGAAAAUAAAAAAAUGGUCGUGGAAAAAAACGUAAGCAAAAAGUUCGAACCGAAAGAAACUCAAACCAUGCCAUUGUUAUUGAUUACGUCAUCAACAAACACGGAAAUAGAUGCCAAAGGUAUGAAAAACGUAACGAAUCAAGAGGAAAAGGAAACGGAAGAUAAAAACAAUAUAAAAACGUCGGAAAAUUUAAUAAAAUCGAGUAAAAAAUUUGAGAUGGAGGAGGAGGAGGGUAGGGAAAACAAAUCGGAAAAUUUAGGAGAAUUAAAUAGUGAAAAUUUGGAUGUUAAAAAUAUAUCGGAAAUAAAUUUAAUUAAACAAAUUGAAUAUCUUUACGAUAGGAAAACGAAGGAUACGAAUUUGAACACUUUAGGAUUCUGGGAGAAAAUUCAAAAAAUUCAAAACGUUCUCACGAACAAAUUGAAGGGGGAGCCCGAAUACGAAAUAAACGAAAUGAAAAAUUUAAUUAAUUUGCUGGCCGAAGAUUUGGUUUGUCUUCUGCUUCGCGAACAAAAAUUAAGUAGGGAAAAUCAAUCUUUGCAAAAAAAAAUAAACAAAUGUUUAUCGGAGUGUGACGUGCCGUCAGUAGGAUUGGCUGUAUGUAAAACAUGA